AUGCUUACGCACAUUUUCAGGAAUCCUGGAAUCACGCUGCUUGUACGUCCACCGAUUCAAAAACGGAUUUCCUUCUUUUAGGUUCUGGCGGGACGACUUUAUUUGGCUUGUCUUGCUUCACUAGCCCUUACAAGACAACACCUAUCGGGCUCUACAAGCAAUUGUUUAUUUUUACAUGUACGAUUGUGAGCCUCUUGGGUGUGGUUAGAUGCCACAUCUAGCGUGACCAGUGUGAUCAGCCGAGCUGACCCAUUCGAUCCACUCGCCGCUUCAGCAGUUGUGACCAAACACCGAGGGUCUGGAAAGCACCGUUAACUGUUUUUUUUUGGCCGUCCGUCUUUCCACCGCCUCAAGUGCGACGAUGGCACCAGAUUUUGAGACAGCACCGAUUGCAUACGAUUGGCUUUGGGUAAAUGACAUAAACCACUUCGUUCUUCUUGGGUGCUUUAUGGUAUCCUCCUUAUGUCAUUGCAGCGAGCACCGAUUGUCCCGUCCGGUGCGAGGUCGGCAUACUUCGUUCAACGGAGGCCCAAGCUUGCAGUUUUUGCUUUUCUGUUAAGCUCAACUCAAUAUUCAGAACCCCAGAGGAGGGUUAUUCUGGUGUUUGUCUGAUGCCUGCUGAUCAUUUCAAUAUUCGGUCAUUUUGAACGUCCCUUCGGUGGAUAACUGGAGCUUUCAGAUGUCAUUGUUUUGAACGUAGAAGUCAUUUCCAGCCUGGAAAGGUCUCAUGGUGUUGGGUGCUGUAAUGUGCGAAUGUCCCCUAGACCUGGCACCCAAAGUCUGUCUGCGCGCGGUCUUCGUCAGAACAGCGUAGAUACCGAAUCUCUUAAUCAUAUUCUCGGAAAAUCACGGCUUCUGGAGUCAACCUUCUCUUUACCCUGUGUCAUGGCUGCACGUGCGACUCAUUAGGUAGUCAUGGUGGAGCGAUUAAUGUCAUAACGAGCGGAUCGUGCGUAGCUUAUGUGCAAACCAGGUAAUGAACGGCUUGGCUACGUACAACUGAAGAGACACUUUACCACCGUGUCUGUAGUUCUCGCGUACUCACCAACAUGAGCCGCCGACCACCAGAACAAUCUACUCGCAGCUUCAAGAACAGUUUGGAAGGAUUUUUCGCCGAGUUCUGCUAAUUGUUAGGGGGGAUUGGCAGGAUCAGACUGGGCCUAUCGACCCUUCGGACAAUCGUCUCGGGCUUGACUUUCGAUGCAACAGUGAAAAAGGGAUGUUGAGUUUCACUGAAUAAAACCGACGGAAUUCCACUAACGCUUACUUCUACAGUCGCCGCAAACAUCUGUUGACUUGACCUUAAAACGAAAAUCGAUCAGCUGGCCAGAUUGAAUACACACUAGUUAUCCCAAGGGUUCCCAGUUGGACUAGCGGUAGGAGAUCAGCGCGCUGUACCCAAACUGAUACAAAAUUCUGGUUUCGCUUUUUGACCUGUGUCGAAGGAGGACACAACAGCAAAUAGUCAUCAUUAAUGUCCUCAGUUCGUGAAAAAACUUCAAGGUUUGUCAGAUUCACACAGCGCCACCAUAUUGACCAUAUUUUCUGUACAGAUGGUUCAAGCUAGGUCCGGCGACAAGGGUUCUUUUCACCAAAUCCGGAAAAUGAAGCCAAAGUCGGUUAGAGAUAACCACAGAAAAUACGAGACUAAGGUAGUGAUCUCCAUUUAGUGGGCCUCGGGCGCCGGUGACAGUUAAAUGCAUUAUCAGAAAGGGAGAGACGUGAUAGUCGGAACAAUACUUUAUUCGCCAAAUUACUUUUGACCCCCUGAAUUGAGUGACUGUUUACGUUACAAAGGACGCCCUUAUUACUGACAACCCGGUCAAAAUCAAGCGUUGAGGGGAGUACUUCGAGCGCGUUCUCAGCCUUGAUGACCAAACUCAUCACCUCUUAUUCACAGCGAAGUUUUGCCCAUCUUCGGAUUAUGCGGUAUCCUACGACCUCCCGCCUUCUAAGGUAACAUUCCUGAUAUAGUACUGAGGCCGUGCAACGGCUUGGCGAGCGGAUGAUGGUGUUCCCGCUAAAGUCUGUAAGUUUUUUGUUGACUUUCUGACACUGGUCCCAUAAAAGAAUUGAGCAGGCGUGAGCAGUUGAGGUCGUCCCUGAUGACCGGGGCUUGGUCAUAUUUGCGCCGUCUCCAAGAAAGAAGUUAGGGUUAGGUGCGAAGACUUUUCAUUCUCAUUGUCUGAGUGACUUGAUGACAACACUCAACCAAGCCAGCUAGCGAAUAUCAUCGUCCUGACCAAGACCUAUUAUCGUUCCACGACUAUAAUUCUGCCCCUCGACCAUUCGAUAUUCGGUCUGGCGUCCGACAAAGUGAUAUUCUGUCGCAAAUCCUGUUGACUAAAUUCUUUGAAAGGCUGUACGCGAUUUUUAUUGUCUUGUUUGCGUCUGGACGCUGGCUGAGCAACCUCAAUUACACUGAAGAUGUCGCCCUGCAAACAUCCUAUUGGACUGACCUUUGAAUAGUAGUUCCAAGGGUGAUUGGGGUCGCUCAAUCAGUCGAUUUAUCCAUCCACGCUGGGUUGAUCAAAGUGUUCUUCACCUGCUUUUCUGAUCGCACAAAGUAGCAGCACCAGCUAUUCCGCCCAAAAGAAACUUUGCCCCGAAGGAGUUCUCUACUGUCCAUUUCUUCUUUUGUCCCAGCUACUGAAACGGACUUGCCAUUCCUCCUCGGGUCUUGUCGCUCAUGUUUUCGAAGAGUGCCUGUACAGUGAAUCCGGUUGA